AUGGACGUCGUCCUCGAGGUUGUCGACACCUUCAUCGCCGACUACGGCUAUGCCUACUUCCAUCCGAGGCAGCCGACUCCCUACGACUUCCCUGCAUCCUCCAAUGCGACCGACUCGUCCGCCCAGGCCGCCUUUUCUACUUGGACUUAUAAGCCCGCCACAAAGUUCAUAACGCUUGAGCCUCCCCAGGCUGCGUACAUGAGCGCAUGGGAUCGCGAUAACCCUCUCCGCCAAGCUCUUACUCUGUACCUCAUCACAUGGAUCUUUGGACUGGCCGUCUACUUCAUCGUCGCCACCCUCUCAUACAUCUUCAUCUUUGACAAGCGUACCUUCAACCACCCCCGCUUCAUCAAGAACCAGGUCCGCCUCGAGAUGAUCCAGGCCAACAAGGCCAUGCCCGUCAUGGCCGUCAUCACGGCGCCCCUGUUCCUCCUCGAGGUCCGCGGCUACGGCAAGCUCUAUGACACCACUGAGGAUGGUCCCGGCUUCUGGUACGACAUCUUCCAGUUCCCGCUCUUCCUCCUCUUCACCGACUUCUGCAUCUACUGGGCCCAUCGAUGGCUUCACCACCCCUGGGUCUACAAGCACCUGCACAAGGCUCACCACAAGUGGAUCAUGCCCACGCCCUUCGCUAGCCACGCCUUCCACCCUCUCGACGGCUUCACCCAGUCGCUGCCCUACCACAUCUUCCCCUUCAUCUUCCCCCUUCAAAAGAUGGCCUACGUCGCCCUCUUCGUCUUUGUCAACCUCUGGUCCGUCAUGAUCCACGACGGCGAGUACCUCACCAAUAACCCCAUCGUCAACGGUGCCGCCUGCCACUCACUGCAUCACUCGCGCUUCGAGGUCAACUACGGCCAAUUCUUCACUGCCUUUGACCGUCUUGGCGGUACCUACCGCAUGCCCGAGCAGUGGAUGUUUGAGCGUGACAUGAAGAUGUCUGAGAAGAAGUGGAGAAGCGAGGUUGAAAAGGUGGACGAACUCAUUGAGGAGAUCGAGGGCGAUGACAACCGUACCUACGGCCCGCCCGACACCAAGAAGACGCAAUAA